AGGAAGCGCGGUGCUGGUGAAGUUGCCGGAGGUGAAGCUGAACUUGAGGUGUGUGUUAUCUGUGUGUGAAACAUGGCUCAGACGUACACUAGUCAGCUGUGCGGUGGAACAGGUCACGUGAAGCUUGCAAACGCUGAGGUGCAGAAGAUCUGUGAUGAGAUAAAGCCGCAGGUGGAAGAGAAAGCUGGGAAAAAGUUUCAUGUUUUCAAAGCCACAGCAUUCAGCACUCAGACUGUAGCAGGAAAGAACUACUUCAUUAAGGUGCAGGUGGGUGAGAAUGAAUACAUGCACCUCCGAGUGUUCAGGUCUCUCCCCAGUGAUGGAUACAAACUCUCACUGCACAGUAUCCAGACCUCGAAAACUAGCCAUGACCCUAUAGAAUACUUCUAAGCCUCCACACACACACACACACACACACACACACACACACACACACACACACACAGAGCACUCCUUGAACAGCUGUGUUUAAAAACAAAAUAAAAUGUAUAAACUUGAAUUAUAGGGUGUAAUUAUUUUUUUCCCACCUGGUAUCUGAAUGGUGGUUUACUUUCUGGGAAAAAUGACUACAUGUUGAAAUGUGUUGUGGUGUGUUGUGGUGUGUUGUGUUGUGUUGUUUUGUGGUGUGUUAUGGUGUGGUGUGUUGUGUUGUGUUGUGUUGUUUUGUGGUGUGUUGUGGUGUGUUGUGGUGUGGUGUGUUGUGGUGUGGUGUGUUGUGUUGUGUUGUUUUGUGGUGUGGUGUGUUGUGGUGCGGUGUGUUGUGUUGUUUGUUGUCACCUGAGCUUAUUAGUUUGUUUAUAGAUGUUGGUGAGGAUCACACAACUGUUAUUUAAGCCCUGAUCAAUAAAAACAUACACAUACAAUUGAA